UGUGCCUAGACAGGAAAUGUGGAAGUACACAGCUGCAUACUCUCUGCUCUGAGAUGCAACCUCCUGAAGGACUGGUGUACGUACAGUCUGUCCUGUUCUCCCCAAAAUUCAUUGAACUGAGUGGCAUUCUUGAAAACCUAAAAAGGAAACUUAGAUUCUUCAGGCAAAUUUUGGCUGGUAGAGAUUCUGGAUAACAGUUAAAACGAUUUGACCACCAUGAGUUGGAGUUUCUUGACCCGUCUGUUAGAGGAAAUCCACAAUCAUUCAACAUUUGUUGGCAAAAUCUGGCUGACGGUUUUGAUUGUCUUUCGGAUUGUCCUUACGGCUGUGGGAGGGGAAUCCAUCUAUUAUGAUGAACAAAGCAAGUUUGUGUGCAACACGGAACAACCGGGAUGUGAGAAUGUUUGCUAUGAUGCUUUUGCUCCUCUUUCGCAUGUGAGAUUUUGGGUGUUUCAGAUCAUUCUUGUAGCCACUCCAUCGGUGAUGUAUUUAGGCUAUGCCAUUCAUAAAAUUGCCAGAAUGGUGGAACAUAACGAACCUGAUAAAAGAACCAGGAGCAAAACCUUUUCAAUGCGCUGGAAACAACAUCGUGGCUUGGAGGAGACAGAGGAUGACCACGAAGAAGAUCCAAUGAUGUACCCAGAGAUAGAGAUAGAAAGUGAGCGGGAGAACAAGGAGCAGCCAGCCCUCACUAAAGCUAAACACGAUGGCAGGCGGCGAAUUCGAGAGGAUGGGCUCAUGAAAAUCUAUGUGCUGCAGCUGCUAUCUAGGACUAUGUUCGAAGUUGGCUUUCUUGUUGGUCAAUAUUUUUUGUAUGGGUUUGAAGUCAGCCCCACGUUUGUAUGUAGCAGAAAACCAUGCCCACACAAGAUAGAUUGUUUCAUUUCAAGGCCUACCGAAAAGACCAUUUUCCUUUUAAUAAUGUAUGGCGUAAGCUGCCUGUGUUUACUUUUGAAUGUCUGGGAGAUGCUCCAUUUGGGAUUUGGUACAAUCCGAGACACAUUAAACAGUAAAAGAAAAGAGCUGGAAGAUUCUGCUACCUAUAACUACCCUUUUACUUGGAAUACUCCAUCUGCUCCUCCUGGCUAUAACAUUGCAGUCAAGCCAGAUCAGAUCCAAUAUACUGAAUUGUCCAAUGCCAAAAUGGCCUACAAGCAAAACAAAGCGAAUAUAGCUCAGGAGCAGCAGUAUGGGAGCAAUGAAGAAAACAUUCCAGCCGACCUAGAAAAUCUGCAGAGGGAGAUUAAAGUGGCUCAGGAACGUCUGGACCUUGCAAUCCAGGCAUAUAAUAACCAAAACUAUCCCACCAGUUCCAGAGAGAAGAAAUCCAAAGCAGGCUCAAACAAAAGUAGUGCCAGUAGCAAAUCGGGGGAUGGAAAGACCUCUGUGUGGAUUUAACGUUCGCUGAACUUGUACUUUUUUUUCUUAGUUAAUGAUAACCAGCAAUUCACUGAAUAAUUACUUUCAUUAAGUAAACAUUUGAUUCUGUUUAUCUUCAGGGAUUCUGUUGGCUAGUGAUCCAAGCUCUCAGAAAGUUUAUGCACAUGCCCUAGAGUUACAGAAUUUUAUUCUUGUGUCUUCCAGGUCAGGAGACGAACAGGUAUAUUUAAAUCAUUCUUGUUGAACGGUUUACACUGUAUGUACAGAAUUAUGGUGCAUUUAUUCUGCACAAUUUUUUGUAUUUGUACGUUGGACCUCUGCAGUUAUACUUUUUAUAUUAAAGAAAAGAAAAUAAUACAGGUAAUGCUUAGCAUUUUGCUAGUUCUGUUACUGUGGUCAGCAGACUUAU